GGGAGUGUUGUCGUAGUGUGUGCUUACUUCAAGCCCUGGUUGAACAGACUCGGCUGGACGAUCCAUGGUGAACGGCUUGUGAGGGUAGAUAUUCCUCUGUUCUAGUUCAAAACGAGCGUAGGAGAGCACGAGAUGUCAAAACCACCAAAGUUCCAAGAGUUCAAGAGAACGAGCGGGAGUGCGUCGUGGGUCUCUUGCCGUAUGUAUAUCUGGGCUUACAUCCGACCCCACGCUAAGGCAAGGCUUUUACUCACUUCGCUUCGUCUUGUUUCAAUACUUUCCAAAUCUACGGGAGACCAUCCAAGGGCUCUAAAGUCUCGUGUCCUUCUUAUCCACUCUGGAGGCUACCUACUUUGCAGGACCGAAUCGGAUCCUAGGUUCGACAUCAGGACACGAGCCAAGAUCUGCAACUGUGCCUUCUCGCCCGCAGGAGGAGCAAUGCCAGGUAACAGCCGACAUCGAGACGCCCCCUGCUCCAUUGAUGUCCAAGGUGGCCUCGUCAGACUUUUCCCUUGUUCAAUGAUAGGGUCUCUAUUGGCACGUAGGAUUCUCAAGUUCACCUCAGACUGGAAAAGAGACAUAAACUUGGCAAUCAUCAGGCUACGUACGCUCUACGCGACAGAGACGACGUUGGCGCCAAGGAGGCGGCACAGCAGGGUCUCUAAUUGCGGCCUCUGGUAUCCUGCAGCUAAUAGGGCUGGGCUGACUGAAGUGACGAUUCAUAACGCAGAGCUUCAUGCACUGCCAGAGGUCGGUUGCAUCGGAAAUACCAAAGUCCCUUUCCAGCGUGUCAAUGCCUCUUGAUGAAGGAGAGCAUGGGCGGGGACUUGAAGCGCCAGACCGGGGCCCUGGCUAAUUCGCUGACAGGCAACGAGCUGACAACACUAAGUUAACCUUGUUUGUGAUUGAGAACGGGUCUGAGACUGAAUGAUGAUUCGUGGGGUCGCUUUUGGGGGUUAAUUCUCC